GUAAUAGUUCAUCAUCAUAUUUGAUAAGAUAUUGUUGGGUCGGAUCCUGAACUGACGACAAAAACAACGAGCUUAAGCAUAAAUCAAUUUGUCAACAAAAUCUUUUCCAGUAUCGAAAAACCGCUCUGACUGAUACUUUUUUUUGCGCUUUUGGUGCUAGUGUUCACAGCGGUUAGACUAUCUAGCUGUACAGAAUUAAUUGUUUCUUUGACAGACUACUUCCGAAUUGAAUCACUGUGCACUAAGAAGAUGAUGGGUAAAGGUCAACAAACAGGUGAAGGUGGAUGGACACAACCUUUGCUGUUGGCUGUUGCAUCGGCAGCAAUUGGUGGUUCAUUUCAAUUCGGUUAUCAUAUCGGAUGUGUUAAUGUUCCUGCAAAAAUAAUUAAAUUAUGGAUGAUCGAUUCACAUAAGAAACUUUUCGACGAAACAUUAACGCUUGAUGAAAUUGGCAGAGUGCAAUGGGCUAUAGCGGUUGGUAUAUUUGCUGUGGGUGGUAUGAUUGGAGGAUUGGGAUCUGGUAAAAUGGCUGAUUGGUUAGGUCGUAAAGGCGCUAUGGCAUUUAAUAAUGUUGUAGCUGUCUUGGCUGCUGUGCUAAUGACAUUGGCCUAUUAUGUUAAUGUGUACCCAUUACUUAUCGUCGGACGUCUUGUUAUUGGUAUCAACUCUGGUUUAAGCUCAGGUUUAGUACCAAUGUAUCUUACCGAAAUAUCACCGGUUAAUUUACGUGGUUCCCUGGGUAGUGUCGCGCAACUUUUGGUAACUAUCGGCAUUUUAUUCUCGCAGAUUAUUGGUCUGCCACAACUUCUUGGAUCGACGACAUUGUGGCCUAUGAUUUUCGGAUUCACCGUAGUACCAGUGGUUUUCCAAAUAGCUACACUGCCGAUGAUUCCGGAAUCGCCCAAAUACAGUUUGAUUGUAAGAGAUCGCGCCGAACAGGCUGAAGAGGAUCUGAAGAAGUUACGAGGAAAGGAUAAUGUGAAAGCCGAAAUUGAUUUAAUGAAAGAGGAGCAAGCUAAGAUAAACGCUGUUCCCAAGAUGGGUAUCUUCGAUUUGUUUCGUGGUAAUCUGCUUUGGCCUAUGACUAUUGCAAUUUUAAUGAUGUUAGCGCAGCAAUUUUCUGGUAUCAAUGUGGCCAUGUUUUUCUCCACGAUGAUUUUCGAAGGUGCUGGAUUGGGUGAAAAUGCCGUAUACGCUACCUUGGUAAUGGGUUUGAUCAACGUUCUCAUGACUGUCAUCUCUGUCUACCUGGUGGAUCAUCCAAAAUGUGGACGUGUCAUGUUGCUUAUGAUUGGUUUGAUUGGAAUGUUCUUUGCUUCCAUCGCUAUCGUUAUCUUCAUCUCAGUCUACACAUCAGAUCAAAUAAAUAACAAAUGGGCGUCUUAUCCUGCUUGUUUAUUCGUUUUCCUCUUCGUGAUUUUCUUUGCGACUGGUCCAGGUUCCAUUCCAUGGUUCUUCGUCUCAGAACUUUUCUCGUCGGGUGCACGUGGUGCUGCAAAUUCGGUCGCCGCAGCAACUAAUUGGACCGCAAACUUCCUCGUUGGAACAUCAUUCGAAUUUCUCAACCAAAUGUUGCACCAGUAUACCUUCCUGAUCUUCUCUGGGUUUCUGGCAUUUUUUGCAUUUUUCACGUGGAUGUAUGUACCAGAAACGAAGGGUCGUACCGUAGAAGACAUACAAGAUGAGCUGUCUCGUGGCAAAUCUCGAUUUGCCAGAAAUGCGGCAUAGAUAAUUGCGAAUUUGGAGGCACCAACUAACUGUCCAUAGAUCCUUUCGAAAUUUUUAAACUCCAAUAAUUGUUCAAAUAAUUUCCUCUUUUCUUGGAAAUAUACUAUUUCCAAUUUAUAUGCUUCACUCCCAAAGGCGUUUUCUGACCUAAUAAUGCUUCAGAAUUUAUUUUGGUGCUUAUCCUAUCAGUUAGAUUUUCAGUGUUAUCUUUCAAUAAAAGAUCAGGGUUGAAUUUCAUCUCUUCCUCUUGCUCCUUCAGUUAUCGUUAUCGCUCUGCAAUCCGAUGUUCAAAUACAAUCCAUAAUUCCAGAGAAAUAUCUUUCUAUUGAGAAUUUGAAACUUAGAAAGUUUGCAAGAGUUUUCAAAAAUCCGUCAUUUCUUUGCGCUUACCCCUUCCCUAUUUUCUCAGCAUUCAUUUUCGAAAUGUUAUGCUACAAUUAUUUAAAUUUCUUUUUUUCCCCCAGAUUACCUCAAGCAGCAAUGUUCUAUACCA